AUGCUGAGGUUACUCCAGGAGUUUAUCUGCGAACCCGGACGGGACAUACUUCCGCCUUUCCCUCCGGACUGGCCUCCGCGAAACGGAGAGAGUUUUGCUGCUUUUCUUCAUGUUUCCUCCCAGAUAAGGGCCAACAUGAGCGAGGGACAGAUCAUCUGCCGAGGGUGGCUGCGAAAAUCACCGCCUGAGCACAAGAUCGGCCGUGCGUCGUGGAAGAAGCGUUGGUUCGUGCUGCGGGAGGGACGACUGACAGGGGACCCAAACCUGCUGGAAUAUUACAAACGGGACAAUGCCAAGAAGCCCAUCGCUGCCAUUAACCUGGACCAGUGCGAACAGGUCGACGCGGGACUGACGUUCGAGAAGAAGGAGUUCGUGAACGCGUACAUUUUCGACAUUGUGACGCCGAAGCGGACGUACUUCCUGGUGACGGACUCGGAAGCAGAAAUGAACCACUGGGUCGGCUGUAUCUGCCAAGUCUGCGGUUUUAACUGCACCAACGAUGAGAAUGAUAAUGCCAGUAACCUGUCCAGUUCUCAGUCCUCGGUGGAGGCCCCGCCCCCCCGGCCGCCCAAACCCAUCACCUCCUCCCCCUCCAUCAGCCGCGGGUCUCCCGCCAGCGUUCACUCCGGGUCAUCCUCCAGCGCCCGCGGCUCCCCCCGCCAGGCCAGCAGGGCCAGCCCACAGACAGGUUCUCCCAUGUCCAAACUGUCUCACCAGAACGGGUCAGCAGGCUCCCCCAGACCCAAGCCCAACCCUCGUAACCUGAAGCAGCCGGCAGCCAUGCCUGUGGACAAUGGGGAACAGUACUUCCCUCUGGCUGAGUGCAUCACUGGGGAAGCUGAGAACAGCGACAUCAGAUCACCGGCCAAGCAAUCUCCAAGAACUGCCAGGACGGAAUCUCGCAAGAGAGACAGCUUCCCCGACAUGCCCCCACCCCUGCCUCCAACAGAAUACGACGUCCUCCCUCACUCCAAAGCAGCCAAAGCGAUGUCCAAUGGUGGUGUGGACAACCCAGAUGUCUACAGCGUUGUUCCGCCUCCCAGACCAGUGACCACAGUUUCCCUCAGCUCCAACCCGGAAGAAAAUUACGACCUCGUUCCUCCGCCGAGACUUGCGAGACAAGCGUCAUCGGUUUCCACUGAUGCAGGAGAAACGUACGACAUGGUUCCACCACGGAGACUGACAAACCAGAUGUCGGUUGGCUCACAGCAGGGUGACAUCUACGAUGUGGUCCCUCCGCCGAAAGUCAGCUCGCAGCUCUCUAACCAGUCGUCAUGGUCCUCGCAGCAGGAUAUGUACGACACCGUGCCGCAUCGCAAACUGGCCACCCAGCUGUCCACACAUUCCAUCACAGGGGAAGAGUACAACGUCCCACUGUCUGCAAACGUGGGUAUGGGGGUUAUGGACUUUGCACAGGACUAUCAAGUUCCCACCGCGACAAAGAACAUGAGAAUGAACUCAGUGAAGCAGCAGCAGAUACCCAUAAGAAAUAGAAGUGGGUCAGGACUGCAGAACUCUUUUGAAGACGAUGAUGUUGUAGACAAUGAGGACUGGGACAGACUCUCAGAUUCGCUGAGUGAAAAUUUCUUAAAAUCAAUGCUGCCAGAUGAUGAGACCUACAACAUACCACCCACCACAGGUACGGGCAUCCGCCACCGGAAUUCCAUGGACGAAACCUACGAUAUACCCCCAAGGAGAAACAGCAGCUCCUUUAGUGAGUCUGGGAACAGCAAGCGCGCAUUACAGAGAAGAGAGUCACAAGAGAACUAUGACAUCCCGCCCUCCCGCGUCAGCUCCAAGAGCCACCCCUCCCUCCACAGACUGACUUCUCGUGACGACACCUACGACACACCGCCUCCCCGCGAGGUCCUGGGCAGACGGCAGUCCCAGCCGUCCAGCGCACAGGAGAUCUACCAGGUCCCCAUCAACAUGGGGGAGGGCGAACCUUCGUCAGGGAGCUCACGGCCUCUGAAUGGCACCUACCCCAGCCUCUCCGCAAAUGAUCUCAUUCCACCACCACGGCCGCCCAAGAACAAGUCCAUCACGGACCUGACUGGGAGUCCCAACGUGCCCCCCACCCCACCACCUAGCUUCGAGGACACGUACUCGGUCCCGCCGAGUUUAUCCAAGAAAAGUUUGGAAUCGGUGUCCCUGAGUGAUCCGAUCCCGCCUCCUGGGCUGGACGAUUUUUAUGAUUUUCCCAAGAAGCUGAAGGGACCUACGGAGGCGGAGGACCCCCCUCCCCCAGUUCCCAGGACGGCGAAGCAGCAUCAUUACAUCAACGCAGCCACAUCUGAGGUCACACAGGACGAGAACUACAUCGCCAUGGCAGUGACGAAAGCAAGUGAAACUAGCCCAGAUAAUGUCUACACCUCCAUGGCGUCUGGACCCAAAGGCAUGGCGGAGGGAUACACGGACGACUUGUACAUGUUCAUGGGUGGGGUGGAGGGCAUCCCCUCCCCUCCCCCUCUCCUAGAGGUCACCCCCGGCCCUGCCCUGGCCGCAACCGCGACCUCGGAGAAGAAACCACCUGACCUGCCUCCACCAAUCAGACGGGACCUGAAGCCAGGGUCAAAAAGAGCAGAUGGUAGACCAGGAAAAGCAAACAUCCCUCCCCCUCUGGACCUGAGUGGCACGAGUAACUUCACAGAAGAGGACACGUAUGGAGUCUUCCCCAUCAAGUCACCCAUCACCAAGAGCUUCUCACAACACGGCUCCAACGGUUACAAACCUCCCCAGCCCAAGGACUCGGCUGACACAGAAGACACAGACUCAUCAGACUCUGAGGACUAUGAUUUUCACAAAGCUGGGAGUGGUUCAGCUCUUUUACCACAAAUCUACCAUCCCAUGGAGGGUAUAGGCAAGGCAGCACAAGAGGCUGCUAAGGCCAAGAAGAAGGACAAGGUAGAGUAUCUGGACCUGGAGAUGUCGUCUUCUCCUGACAUGGAGAAAGCCAAGAAGCCUUCCCCUCGCUCCUCGCCCCUCCCCCAGCGAACAUCCAGCACAGUAUACACACGACUGGACAUCGACAGGACCAUGGCUCUCAGUAAGACCAAGGAGGCACGGCAAGAGAGCUACCGAACUUCAGAAGGAUCGUAGUUACAUACUGUACUCAAGAUGUAGUUAGUAUGAUGAAGUCUUGAUAUCACAUUUGGAACAUUGAAUCAUAACACAGUACUAGUAGUGUUCAAUGAAGCUACAGACUAAAUGUUACAGUGUAAGUCUAUUUUGACAAGGCUUCAUUUCAACAGAUGAACAAUAUUGCAGUCUUGACUGUAAAAAAUGUGGACUGUAAAUAGCUAAGCAGUGACUAUAUCUCCUCUGGUUGGUACAUUGAUUGCCUGUAUGCAAACAUUGGUGAGAAUGCUUGUGUUUGACUAUUUAGGUAGUCUAAUUCUGUGAACCUGAUUUUGUCAGAAGAUUUACUUGUUGAGAUAUAACCUCACAGAUAUUAUAUACGGAAACAACUAUCAAUCAACUAUUUUCAUUUGUUGAUAGACAUUUCUGCAUUACUGACCAAACUCCUCAGACAUCUUUGACUUCCAGCUACUCUUCUUCUCUCUCUGAGCUGUCCAUGUUCACCACAGCACAGGUGCACAUACAUUACUUCUUUGCAUUCCAUACUUUUCUAUCCCCUCCUAACUCUCUACUAGUAACUGUAAUUUCUUGCAUCAUACAUAUGGAUAGAUAAAUGGAUUUAUGGGAUUUAGUCCCAAUCUGGCUUUUGGUCUCUCUUACAUGUGAGAGUCAAACAUUAGAUAUUUUACAUUUUGUUAUCGAAAGUACAAGCUGGUGUCACAUUCUACAUGUAUGCUCUCAAAUGAGUUUUCUUAACACAGUCUUAGAUAAAGGUUUUGGCUAUAUUACGGCUAUUUUUCUAGAUCUGCUACAGACAGAAGAUAGAUAUUGGCAGAUUGAUUUUAGCCCUUGAACCACCUUUGUCAUUCCAUGAAUUGUGGACAUCUUUCACAGAUAGUUGCAGACAAAAGCCAUGUACAUGUAGGUAGAAAUGUCCUCUCCUCACCAGAUACAAGAAGAGCUUUGAAUUUUGUAUUCAACAUCUAAACGUUGUGUGGAUUUUGCAGUUGUCAGUAUCUUCAUAAUCAUAUUAAGCUGAUUUAAUUCUUUUUUUAUUCUAGUGACAAUGAAUAGCAAUUUCAGCAGCACAAAACAAUAUAGAAGUCAGCCUGUUUUAUGUUGUUUUAUGUUAUGUUAGUACAAAAAAUAUCAAUUCUGAAACAGUAGAUAAAGUGGACAGCUAAUCAUUCACAUGCAGUAAUUAUUGUAUUCUGUGUAGAUAAGUCACUGCAUGUGCCUUUUACCCAGCUUCUGUAGCAGUACCAAUUUGAAAUAUUACUGCCUGGAAAAUCAACACAGAAAUGCUGCAUUGCUGCUUCAGAUAUGCUGGGAAGAAAACUGCAGUCAAACUUAUGAAAAUGCUACCUUUUAGAUAGAGUUAUUGAUAGUAAGAUACACUAGCCUCCAAAAAAAAAGAUUCAUUGUUACUGCUCCCAAACAGCUAUGCACAUUGAGGCAUCCUGUAUGCAGGCAAGCAGUUACAAUUAAGUUUGCAACAAGUUUUGAUGUUACAAGUAAUAGGUAAAUGUUUUCUGACAAUGUGGAGGCUUAAGGGUGUCAUGUGUCCCUCCACUAGACUGGAUGCAAUGUAUCAUUUGGCUGCUUCCAAGAUUGUAUUUUUUCAAUAACAACGAAAAAUCUAUGUUAAAACUUGGUCACCCUUGGUUUCAGUAUCCCAUGUACAUAAUGGCAGAUAAGUUGCUAUUGAAACUCAGAUUUCACAAAAGCUUUAAAACUUUUAUCAUGUGGUGAAUUUUUACAUUCCUUUUGUUCACAGUAUACACGUGUAGCUGUUUAAAAAAUCCAUUUCUGUUAUGAGAUAAUUUUGUGGAAGCAGUAGUGUUUUAUUCAACAUGUACAUAAUACUGAUUAACAAAGAGGUAGAUAGGUUAGAACUUUCCUUGGUAAACCAUUUUGUUUCUUUACAACAAAGGAGGAAUUUCUUUGCUUUCUCUUUUUUAUGUCUACCUCUUCUUUCUCUUUGUAGGUAGACAAGAAAUGUACAUGUAUAAGAAAAUGAUGUGACAAUAGAUUGUACAGGGAUGUGAAGAAGCCCCUAUUGUCAGCCUUGUAUGGAUGUAUGAUGUGUAAUAUGCACGUGAAAGUGCCUGUGCUACUGUAUUAUAUCUUAUGUAUUUCCACGGGAAAUCUUAAGUCACUACACAGACUGUUCCUGACAGAAAUUUUAUUGUGUGAAAAGAUUCAAAUCCGAUUAAGUCCUGGGCAGUGCAUUGCCAACACUUGUUUCAACAUCUCAUCGUCUACAGACAUAGAAAAAUGAACUUUGGAUGCAAAGUAUGGGUUGGCAUUAUAAUCAUUGAAUUAAAAUAUCAAAUACUAAUAUGUGAUAUUCUGUAACUAACUACUGGAUUAAAAUAUUAGCGUGCACAGAGCUGGAAACAACUUUGAUGAACUGCUAUUGACAUUGAUAAAUGUACUGGACAGAGUGAUUUUGAGAAUACAAUAAACUUUAUAUAAGAUUUGUUGAUUGUCAACAGAAGUAUGGUGUUAUCUUUUAAAUGAAUUAGUUUAUAAGUUGUACACUUAAAUGUAUGAGGAAAA